AUGAUGCAGAAGCAAAGCAUGAGAAACUUCCUGGACCGGGAAAACGCAUGCGUGGAGUACAUCUCGAAGCGGGAGAAGGAUCGGACGGCGGAGGUGAAGCAGCGGCAGGCGCUGAUCGAGGCGGCGGAACUCAAGGAGAAGGAGAGCGCCUCGACGGCUCCGGCGGAGCCGCCUGGUGCGGACAAAGGCCCGACGGCGGCCCAAAAACAAGAAGCUGAAUACCAGCACCUCGAAAAGCAAUUUAGAGCCAAGCUUGCCCCGCAAGCGGCGGCAAAGGCGGGGAUGUUGUCGCGGGCAUCGUCUAGCAGGCACAUGACCGUGAAAGGUGUGUCGUAA